GUUAUUAACGUGACGCCGAAUCGAUACAUUGUGCUCGGAAAAGUGUGGCAAAUAAAUUGAAGGAACGUCUACAUCAGUGAUAAGAUUUUAAACAAUAACAAAGCGCAUACAGAAAGAUGUCAAGAAACCAAAUGCGACGCUGAUUGAAAAGAAUGAAAUCAUGCUCAAAAUAAUAAACUUGUUAUGCUUUAUAUUUAUAUUUAUUAUUAUGCUCGCACUGCCGCAACUGGACGCGAGGAAGGUGCAAGUCAAUGAGUUGUCCAAGGGCUGGACCUUGAGGGAAGCCAAUUCCACGAAGCAAUUUAAGGUGGCAAAAUUACCUUCCGGCGUUUAUACAGCUCUUAAGGAUGAAUAUGGAGAUAUACUGGGGCCGGGCAACGAUGUAAAGCUCCGUUGGAUUGCGAACAAAACGUGGAUCUACAGCACAACGUUUGAUUUGGCUGACGAAUCGGGCCAGGACAGCUUAGUCAAUCUGACGUUCCAUGGCAUUGAUACGUUGGCCAAGAUCAGGUUAAAUGGCGAGCUUCUGGGCGAAACGGACAACAUGUUCGUCCGGUACUCCUACUCGGUGGGUCAUCUGUUGCACUUCAUCCCGAAACAUAAUCAACUAGAGAUCGAGCUGCUCUCACCGCUGCUAGAGGCAAAUGCACGUGCCAAGGAACUGGAGCAGAAUGGUAAUAGUGCUCCACCCAGCUGCCCGCAAUCUCGCGGCGAUGUCGAAUGCCAUCGCAACAUGUUGCGCAAGAUGCAAAUGAGUUUUGGUGGCGAGUGGAAUCCUGCCGCACUGUCAUCCGGCAUCUGGAAGCCCGUAACCAUCGAGUACUAUACCGUUGCAAUAUUGCGAGAUGUUGACGUGGCGAUCAAGCGUAAUGACACCCACUGGACAAUGGACUGUCGUGCUUUCCUAAAGACACGCGAUGCCGAGAAUUUCUAUGUGCAACUUAUCGUAUAUGCCAGCGAACUAUUGGAUGAACCAUUUAUCGUGGAAGAGAAGCAUGUUACCUAUGCCUCACCCACCCUGGAGUUUCAGAUUCACAUACCAAAAGAGAGAGUCAAGCUCUGGUGGCCAAAUGGCUAUGGGAAACAGCAGCUCUAUCCUGUGCUGUUCGACUUGAAGGGCUAUCGCAGCCAGGGCGUUCCCAGGUUAAACUUACGAACUGAUUCGCAAAAGCUGCUACAUAUUGGCUUUCGCACCAUCGAACUAGUGGAGGAUAAGGAUGAGAGGGGUAGAACAUUUUAUUUCCGUGUUAACGGCCAUCCCAUCUUCAUGAAGGGCGUGAAUUAUGUGCCGGCUCACACUUUGCCUGAACUAUCAGCCGAUACGGAAAAAGUGAAACAUCUUUUGAAAUCGGCCUUUGAUGCCAACAUGAAUAUGAUUCGAGUCUGGGGUGGUGGCCUCUAUGAGUCGGACUAUUUCUACAGCCUGGCUGAUAGCUAUGGGCUACUGGUAUGGCAGGACAUGACCUUCACAAAGGCCACCUAUCCCAUCGAUGGUAAGCGCAUGGCUUCCAUGCGGAAGGAGGCAGUGCAAAAUGCCCAACGAAUCGCCUACCAUGCCAGCCUGGCUCUGAUUGUGACCAACAAUGAGAUCGAACUAUAUUUGGUGAAGAAUCGAACUGAUUUUGGAACCGAAGCGAAGCGCCUGGAGGACGAAUAUAAGCUGCUCUUCAUGGGCAAUCUGUGCGCUGAGCUGGACAUAAUCUCGCGGAACGAUUUUAGUCCGCGACCAGGUCCCAUGAUUUCCACGCCUUCGCUGGGCGUAAUCGAACCCGGCAAAGAGCUAGCCAAGGAUCCGCAGAGUCCAAACUAUGGCGACGUUCACCUCUAUGAAGAUGAUAGAGACGCGCUUGCACAGAAUAUUUAUCCACCGGCUCGCUUCGUCUCUGAGUUCGGCUACGCUAGCCUGCCCAUGCGCUCGUCCUGGCAACGUCUGCUUGGCGAGGAUACGAGUGAUGCGAGCCUAGCGGCUUUAAUACGCCAACGUCAGCAUGAUCCCAAAGGCUUUAUACCACUACUACGGCAAAUAGCCUACCAGCUUCCCUUCACACUUCAGAACUGGGAGGACAACAUAGACGAGUUCAUCUACUUCAGUCAGGUGUCACAGGCGAUGACCACCAAGUUGGCUAUGGAUGUCUUUCGAAGCAGGCGUCGCAACUAUGAGACAAUGGGUGCUCUUAUGUGGCAGCUGAAUGAUGUUUGGGUAGCGCCCACUUGGUCCUGCAUUGAUUUCUUCGGCAACUACAAGAUCGUCUACUAUUGGGCCAAGGAAUUCCUGGCAUCCACUAAUAUCAUUGUACUAUAUAACGAUGCCCGCGAUCAGCUGAAUAUAACUGUAACUCGUGAAGAACAUAUGGAAAGUCCCGAUGUAAAGCUCUAUAAUAUUUUCAUUAAUACAUUUCUAUGGAAAGACAUAUUCUCCAAAAAGGCUAUCGCUCGAGCCAUCGGUUUACGCUCUAGUGCGAUUGAUCAGCUGGCCAUACCUCUGGAGUCUGUCCUGUACGAACAUCACUCCAAGCAGGAAAUUUUCUUGGAAAUUCUAUUAAGGGAUGAGGAUAAUCGAGUUGUGGCUAAAAACUAUUUCUACCCGGUGCCGAUUAAGGAUAUUGUUGGACUGAGAGAUCCGGAACUUACGCUCGAAGUUGUCGGUGUCGACUGCACUAACUCAAACCUGAACUAUGCAAACAGCUUCAGCUUGCGCAUUACCGUUAAGUACCCAGCCCUGUUCGUCUACCUGGAGCUGGUUGAUCCGGAACUUGCAAAUCAAAUGCACACUUUCUCAAUGAAUGGGUUCACACAGACGGUGCCGGUGCAAAAUAUCUACUUGGAUUUCAAAAACGAUUCGUCUUGCAUAAAACUUAGUGCGCAGCAGAUCGCUGUUAAGACCAUGAAUCAAUAUAUGAUUUGAGCAUUACACACAUAUGUCAAAUAAAUAAU